GAAGCAACGGCGGCUCGAGGGCAGUGGGGGUGGGUUGUCGGCCGGAGCCUCGCCGGAGCGCUGCAUCGCCGUAUAACUCGCCGACGAGCUCGUGCUACCUGAUUCUAUCAGGUUCAGAGGGGGUGCAGGAGGUGGAUGAUCAGCAGUAGCAUCGGUUGCAAUGAAGACAUCGGUAGCAAGAUCGCCAUUGGUGGCGCUAGUCCUGUGCCUGUCCCUCUCGUUUGGGUUCGCGUCGAGGGAUGUGGAAGAGGUAGGAUGGAGGAGAGUAGAAGGACGGGUGGAAUGGGGAAAAGGGCAUUCCGGCAACACUGGCCGGCCGUACUACUUCGGUGAGGAAAGCUUCCGUGAGUGGUCGCGCACCCCUCUUGGCCACUUCAAGCUGCUGGAGCGGUUCGACGACGAGCUGCUGCGUGGCUCCGUGGGCGACUACCGUGUGACGUACCUGGAGAUGGCGCCGCGCGCGUUCCUGCAGCCCAGUCACUUCGAUGCCGACGAGGUCUUGUACGUGAAGGAAGGCGAGGGCGUGCUGGUGCUGCUGAGGAAGGGGAGGCGGGAGUCGUUGUGCGUGAGGGAAGGCGACGUGAUGGUCAUCCCGGCCGGCUCCAUCGUGUACUUCGCCAACACGCACCGCUCCAAGUGGCUCCGCGUCGUCAUGCUCCUCAACUACGCCAGCUUUGAGGAAUUCUUCCCUGUUGGAGGCGAGGGCCCAGAUUCUUACUUGAGCGCCUUUAGCGACGAUGUUCUCCAGGCGGCAUUCAACUCGCGCCGGGAUGAACUGGAGAGAGUGUUCGAGAGGCAGAGCAAGGGGGAGAUAUGGCAGGCGUCGGAGGAGCAGAUCCAGGAGCUGAGCAGGUCGUGCUCCAGGGGCGGCGGGGGCUCAGGCUCCAAGGAGGAGGAAAUCAACCCGACCAGCCUCCCCGGCCAGAAGCCCCGCUACUCGAACAACCACGGCAGGAUGCACAUGAUCACCGGCGACGAGUGCCGCCACCUCCGCGACCUUGACAUGGAAGUUGGCAUCGCCAACAUCACCUGCGGGUCGAUGAUGGCGCCGAGAUACACCACCCGCGCGACCACGAUCGCCGUGGUCGUGGAGGGGAGAGGCUACUUCGAGAUGGCGUGCCCGCACAAGUCCGACUCCGGCCGGUCGGAGCGCCGCGAGCAUGGCAGUGAGGAGCAGCAGAUGAUGAAAUCGAGAGGGUACAAGCAAGUGACGGCCCAGAUCAAGGAGGGGUCGGUCAUCGUGCUCCCGGCGGGCUACCCGGCGACAUUCGUGACCGGGAACGAGGGGAACCUGGCCGUGGUCUGCUUCGGCGUGGGCUCUGGCAACGACGAGGAGGUGUUCCUGGCGGGCGGCAACAACUUGCUGAAGCAGCUGGACGCGCCGGCCAGGGCGAUCGUGUUCGGCGGACAGGGGAGGGAGGCGGCAGACAGGGUCAUCGGCGCGCAGACGGAUUCCGUGUUCCUACCCGGCCCGCAGCAGCAGAGCCGCGGCGGCGUCUCCGACAUGUGAGUGGUAGUGCGACGAUCUAGAGCGAGGUUUUGUGCGCAGCGCGCAUGCAGUUCGAUCAGGUAGCCGCGGGAAUAAGUAGCAGCUGGCAUGUAACCGCCAAGCCAGCUGAGAAGAUGCUAAGUACUGUAUGUAUGUGCAGGAAGUAUAUUGCUACUGAAACGGUGGAGCUAAAGGAAGGCCUUCUGGAACAGUUUUUUUUCAUGAAAUGGAACCCUUUAUAGGCAAACAAGGACUGCCAGUUUGCCUAAACAGAGGUGUUGUUGAAUUAAUUGCUGACCAUGUAGUUUGUGAAGAAGGGAAGCCUUUCACCAGAAGCAGCACACACUCUGAUUACAAUCAGGACAGGGCAUGGUGUUGAUUUGGGAGUUUUCGGCGGUUUUCUGUAAUUGAUAUGCGCGGUUCUCUGCUUUGAUGAACUGUGAGUUUGGGUUAAGGUGUACUCCCUUUGAUCGGCAUCUGAUCAUACCCUUUGAGGCGGGCUCUUUAUUGAGUCAUGAUUUAUUAUCGGAUUAUUGUGCUUCAGGUACAGGGAACACCAUUUGUAAAAUUACAGGUUGCAACAUGAAAGUUCUGGUUACAUCUCAAUGGCAGUUAAUCGUAUCAUAUUCUUGCAAAUAGAGGUACCAUUCCUCCUGUUACAGAAUCAAAUAAGGCAUCUGAAUGUAAAUUCGAGAACCAAAUUUUUUACUAUUAAGCACAAGAAAGGCUUGACAUCGUCUAGCUCAGGUCCCAUGUUGGUUCAUGUCUUAAAUAGGGCAUCACCAGGCCUCUUGUGUGGUUAGGGACCUGUUGUGAGGUUAGAGUAGGCAGAAAAUUCAGACUAGUAGCUGGACAUACACAUGGUUAGUGACCCUGGUUGGAAUAUAGGCCACUGGCGAGAGUAGCAGGUGAUCCAUGGAACGGCACUUGAAUGCACAGCUAAUUCUCACUGUACAUGCAUAUAUCGAUUCAUCACCAAAUCCCACAUAUCCAUAAAUUCCGCAAUCGCAGGCACAGAAGGUGCACCCCUGAUCAUGUGUACUGUCAACAGGUCACCGAAACCUAUGGCCUAGGGGAGUAGCUAUCCUAUGUAAUCGGUGUCUGAGUUUGGCAGAAAAUUCAGACUAGUAGCUGGACAUAGACCUGGUUAGUGACCCUGGUUGGAACAUAGGCCACUGGGUGAGAGUAGCAGGUGAUCCAUGGAACUGCACUUGAAUGCACAGCUAUCAGUUCUCACUGCACAUACAUAUAUCAAUUCAUCACCUCGACGAACUAUUGCAUCAUCCAUCAGGAGAUGGAUCGUGUCCUGGUUGAGUUGUUCCUAAGAUGUAGUUAGCAUUCAGCAGCUGAUCUGCAUGGGCAUGAAGGACCUGGAGGGUGGCGUCUGGUACAACCUGGGGGCCUUGAUUUCCGGGUGGUCCUGGUUGUUGGGGUCCUUGGUUAGGCGGCUUCUUCGGAUCCUGCUUGCCAGCUUCUACCUCCUCAUCUGCUGCUGCUGCUGCUGCUGCCUGCUCAUUGUACCAGGAAGAUGCUAUUGGUCAGAGAAGUCCCUGUGGAUGCAAGAUGGAUGAGACACCUCCGGCGGACAGUCUCUGGCAAUGCAAUCACCCAGUUCACUGAGAUUUGGACUCUGCUGGAACAUAUUCAGCCGAACGCUGACGUCCCCGACUUGGUGACUUGGAAGUGGACGGAUGGAGGCCUGGCUGGCAAGGUGCAACCUGCUGCAGUUUUCAGGCCUGGCCGGGAAAUCGGAUUCCAGAUUUUCUCAUGGCUCGCCGUCCGUGGCAAGUGUUUGACAGUAGAUAACCCGCUGAAGCAAGGCUGUACUUGCAAUCCCAUAUGCUCGCUUUACAGAAUUAUGCCCGAGGCUUCAGUUCACCUCCUUGCGGAGUUCUCCUUCAUCAGAGCUCUUUGGCAGUUGAUCCUGGAUCACUGCCACCCCCCAAUGCCAGCCAUGCGAGUAAACAGUGACGUCAAACUUCUGGAUCAACGGUCUGUCUCAGCUUACUCUGUUCCAGAGCCUCAUUGGCGGGCUUUGAGUUCUGUCCUUCAGUUAGUUUGGUGGUCAUCAUGGAAGGGGCGUAACCAGAGGGUGUUCAGAAGCAAUGCUAUUUCAUUCUAGGUGUUCGCCCAAAAUCAUAGUGGAGCUAUCAAUGUGGCAUCAGGCCGGACGCAACAGAACCAGGAAGCUGAUAGACACAUCCCGAGAGCGGGACUGAAUUUAGUUAGCCAGGCGCGAUUUUUCCUGAUUGCUUGCAUGGAGUAGCUGUUUCUGUCACUUUUUUUUUUUGACAACUAGUAGCUGUUUGUAUCUUCUUUGAGCUAUGUACGAGACGAAAAGGCCCUUGUAAAACUCUCUUUUUCCUCUAAUAAUGAUCAAUGAAAAGCUGCCCUGGGUUCGUCAGGCACCCAGCUUUGGUUA